UUAGAAUGGUGUUUCCGAAUACACAGCACCGUUUAUGCACGUGGCACAUUGGGAAAAAUGCGAAUCAAAACAUUCCGCAUCUUUACCAUAAGCCGGGUUUUAAGGAUAAAUAUUUCUUAGCACUUAUGUAUAGAUGCAAAUCAGAGGAUGAAUUUGAAGCUACAUGGAGGGAAAUGGAAGAGGUGUGGGGUACUAAGAAUAACAAGUGGCUUCAGAGAUUAUAUGACCUUAGAUAUAAAUGGAGUUCAGCUUUUGGUCAUGACUCUUUUACGUGUGGUAUAAGGUCAACUCAAAGGAGUGAGAGCACCAAUAAUGUCUUCCGACAUAUGUCGACAAAGACAUUGUCCCUUGUAGAAUUUGUCCACCAUUAUGAAGAACAACUAAAGCAUAUGAGAGAAGUUGAAAGUCAAUAUGAUUACAGUUCUCGUGGGACAGCCAAAUUGAAGGUAAAUAAUGGGAUCUUGUCGCAUGCUACUUCAGUAUAUACCCGUACCAUUUUUGAAAGGUUUAAUGAAGAAUUUUUGCAUAGUCUAUCCGAACAUAUUUCAAGUACUACAUUUGAUGGAUCGGUUUCUUUAUAUACUCUCAAGUGUAUGGGGAUUGGGAGUCAAGGUGAAUAUGUUGUUAGAUUUGACUCUGCAGACUUUUCGGUUUCUUGUGAAUGCAAAUUAUUUGAAUCAAAAGGGUGGUUGUGUCGCCAUGCCUUAUGCGUGUUGAAUGUGAACAUGUUGAUGGUUACGGUCAUUCCAUCUUCCUAUAUUUUGAAAAGAUGGACUAAGGAUGCCAAAGAAGGGAUUGUGAAUGAUGAAUCACAUCAAAUGUCACCGGGUCCAUCUAAAUUUAAUCGAUUUUCCACGUUAAUGCAUGAAUCCAUUGAACUGAUGAGUAUGGGAGCCGAAGAUGUAGAUACUAUGAGAAUAUUGAGGAAGCACAUGGUUAAAGCAAAGGCUGAAAUUUCAUCGUACAAAUCAAGUAUGGUUGUGAUUGAUGAUGCUGGUGAUGAUGAGGAUAAUGAGGCUUUGUGCGAUAUUUCAGUAGCGGACCCCAUUCGAAGGAAACGAAAGGGAAUAAGUUAUGGAAGGCUUAAAAGCUCAAGUGAGAAAAAGAAGAAAAAAUCUAAGAAAGGAACUCCCCCAACGCAAAUAGUAAGUCAAGAGUUGGUUGUCCAAGCGACACCUAAUGAAGCUCGAUUUCCAGAUUGUUCGAGUAAUUCAAAUCAAUUUCGAAGUGUCUUUUAUCCUAGCAACAUUGGUGGUCCUACUCAGCCACCAUUCAUCAUGCCGUCGAGGAUUAUGAGUGGAUUUUGCGCGAUGCAAUCACCAUACGUCAUGCUGCCAAGGAGUGGAUUUUCCCCAUUCACUAGUCAAAUGUUGGAGUACCAUAAUCAAUCCCAUGGAACCAUUUUGAGCCAGGGGUCAUCAAACUCUUUUCAGCAUCCUGGGAUGAAUGAAUCCGAAUCCCCCUUUGAAAGCAUAGACAAUGCACAGUCGCAACAUAAAUAGUCAGGAGGAACCCUCGUAAUAAAUCCCUUCACUGAAUAAAAUAUUUUUUGCGUCCUUCUCUGAUAUGAUAACUAUUGUAGUAUGAGUUCAGUGUGACUAGGGAUUUGCAUAUGUGCCUUUUAUAUGAAAAGAUCUUCCUUUGUAUUUCCUUGGCUGUUACUUGGAAGAAAUAUUUUUAUAUUUCCAAUUUUGUUAGUUGGGCUUCAAAUCCAGCAGGAACCAAGUUCGAUAUUCAUUUGACGUGCUGUCGUGAUUAACUGGGGGCAUUGUUUCGAUACACAUUAGAAAAGGAUUGUUAGAGUAGUAAAGAUUUAGUUUUAUGCAAGUUAUGAUCUUAUCAAACUUACUGAGAGCUUCACCCAUAUGCAGAGAUUCAUUCUUCUUCUGAGUAUUCACUAUGUUCUUUAAUUUUUUGCAUUUAUGGGUAUUCUAAAGAAAGAUUUUUUGGCCUAUGAUAUCCGUUGUUGGCAUUUUUUUGUCAUCGAUCUGGUACUACAAUUAAUGGAAUUCAAAGCUUGUGGAUUGCACAUGUAAUCUUCUUUUUUUUGUCUUAUCCUUUACCAUUCUUCUCAAGUUUUAGCCGGUUCAUAAAAUGGGCAAAGUUGUUCUUGAUAUAUAAGGUCAUUGCCUUCUUAAGCCUUCGAAAAAUAUCCAAUAUGCAGCCUUGGUGAUCAGAGGCUCAUUCAUGAUUGAAGGUAUUUCGACUUACCAUUUGUUUUGGGCUGCUACUUAUAAUGAAAUCAUUGGUAUUUUGACUUACCAUUUGGUGAUUGGAGGCUCAUUCAUCUAUAAUAUUUGUUCAGUGAUGUGCAGAUGAAGAAUGAUCUUAAGCUGUCAACUAAUAUGAAGUAUUAGUGUCAAGUUUCAAGAAUGAUAUAAAGGAACAAGGACCUGAUGAGAAGCCAGCAGCAGCACCGCCAGCUACAGCACUUGCAGCCGAGGUACCAAAGAAGGCAAAGAAGUGAGACCCGUGAUCAAGAAUGCUGAAGAUUACACAAAUUUUGGUGUUCCUUUUGUCUUUAGUAACUAUGUUAGAUUAUUUUUGCCUAUUUGUUUCUGUUUGUUCUGGAACUUAAUGUUUCAUAUGGUAGAAAGACGAAGUCCGAUGAUUUUCAAAGUUAUAUUUAGAUCCUUGUCUUUCCAAUUA